UUCAGGAUGGCGUCUGGACUCCUGGAUCCUCCUCCAGGAGGAGAACCUCUGUGUGUUCUCCUGCUGAGAGACGAAGGAGAGCCGGAGGAGAGGAGGAGGAGGGAGGUGGGCUGCCAGUGGGAGAGUCCGGAGGAGGAGAGGAGGGAGGUGGGCUGCCAGAGCGACGGCGCCGAGAGGAGGGACGCUGCGGUCCAGGUGGACCUGCUGACCCAGCAGCUCAGCUGGAGGCACUCAGGCUCGUCUGCGAUGCUGCUGCAGUGCUUUGCAGUUAGACCUGAUGGACCAGACGGGGGUGCUCUGCUGCAGCACUGCACCCCCAACCGGACCAGGACCAGGACCAGCACCAGGACCCUCAAACUCACCCAGUCCAGGACUCAGAGGAGGCCGUCGCCUCAGAGGUCUAACGCCAUCACGCGAGCUCCAGCUCAACCACACCACCGACGUGUACCACCUGACAUGGAGCAGGAGGAGCAGCAGGAGCAGCAGGAGGAGGAGGAGGAGGAGGAGGACAUGGGUGAUCCCACCUGGACUCCACCUGAGGGAGCUGUGAGCCCUCGCUCGGCGCUGGUGGAGGUGCAGCUGGACUCCGUCUCCCAGCAUGCACCUGUGUGCUCCGUGAAGCUGGAGGCGGCGGGCAGCGUGUGUGACGUCUGUGGCAAAGCGAUGAAGAACAAGUCCAGCCUGGCGCGCCACGCCUUCAUCCACACGGGCCGGCGCCCGUUCGGCUGCCCUCUGUGCGACCUCCGCUUCAACCGCCGGGACAACCUGCGGCACCACGUGGCGCGGCUGCACCCCGGGGGCGCGGCCCGGCGCGAGCGGCGCCGCCCGCCGCCGGCCUGGCUGUGCGCCGCGUGCGGAAAGACCUUCAGCUGCCGGUCCCGGCUGAAGACGCACGAGGUCAUCCACUCGGGGGUCAAGCCCCACGGCUGCGACCUCUGCACCAAGGCCUACAUGAGGACCAACGACCUGCAGCACCACAAGGCCGUGGCCCACGCGCGCGGCGCCGCCGAGCCGCCGCCGCGCAGCUCGCUGCUCUGCGACCUCUGCGGCCGCGAGUUCAGGUGCCGCUCGCAGCUGGCGGCGCACUUCCAGACGCACACCGGCGAGCGGCCGCACCUCUGCGACGUCUGCGGGCGCAAGUUCAGCCGCCGCUACCAGCUGCAGCGCCACGAGAGCCUGGUGCACGGCGAGCGGGGCGGCGCCGAGGAGGAGGAGCCGGCGCCGUUCGCCUGCGCCGUGUGCGGCAAGCGGCUGAAGUCGUCGGCGCUGCUCGCCGCUCACGCCGGCGGCCACGCGGGCGGAGGGCCGCACCGCUGCGCCGUGUGUCUGCGCGGCUUCCGGCGCGCCGCCUGCCUGAAGCAGCACCACCUGCGCAUCCACCUGAGGGUCCGGGCGGCGCCGCCCCCCCGCGGCCCGGCGCCCCCCAAGGCGUUCCCGUGCCCCGUGUGUGGCAAAGUGUUCCGCUUCCGCUCCCUGCUGGCGAGCCACCAGCCGGUGCACAGCGAGCGCCGGCCGCACCGCUGCGACUGCUGUGGCCGCGGCUUCCGGCGCCUCGGCCACCUGACGCGGCACCGCCGCGCGCUGCACGCCGACGGGGCGGCGCCGCCGCAGAGCUUCGUCUGCCGCGUCUGCGGCAAAGACAAGAAGUGCCGCUCGCAGCUCGCCAGGCACGCCGUGGUCCACACCGGCGAGCGGCCGUUCGCCUGCGAGCGCUGCGCCGCGCGCUUCAACCGCCGCGGCAACCUGCAGCAGCACAUGCGGCGCAUGCACGGCGUGGGGGCGGAGCCCGCCCACGAGGCCCCGCCCAUUCUGUUCGACGACGACGCGGCGCCCGCCCCCACCUACAAACAGGAAGAGACGGUGGUGGCCGUGGACGUCACGGAGGUCGUCGCUGAACUCUCCUCCUGACCUUUGACCUCUCGCUCCCCUCCUAACCUCAGGUUCUUUGUCUUCAGGAUCAAUUCUGUUCCGUCUCUUUAAUAAAGAUUUGAUCAGAAAUCAAUAAUCAAUCAUCA